CUGGAGACUGAUCGAAUCCGGAAGUGAUCCUCGAGAACCGAGUUUCUGCAGAGGACCCCCGGCAGCAGGCGUAGGUUUGGGACCAUGAGCUGGAUUCCAUUUAAGAUCGGGCAGCCCAAGAAACAGAUCAUUCCCAAAACCGUGGAGAGAGACUUUGAACGGGAGUAUGGGAAGCUGCAGCAGCUGGAAGAGCAAACCAAGCGCCUGCAGAAGGACAUGAAGAAAAGCACCGAUGCCGACCUGGCUAUGUCCAGAUCUGCUGUGAAGAUCUCCCUGGACCUACUCUCCAACCCCCUGUGCGAGCAGGACCAGGAGUUUCUGAACAUGGUGACAGCCCUAGACACAGCUAUGAAACGGAUGGACGCCUUCAACCAGGAGAAGGUGAACCAGAUCCAAAAGACAGUGAUUGAACCCCUGAAAAAGUUUGGCAGCGUAUUCCCAAGCCUCAACAUGGCAGUGAAACGGCGGGAGCAGGCCUUGCAGGACUACCGGAGGCUGCAGGCCAAGGUGGAGAAGUACGAGGAAAAGGAGAAGACUGGCCCAGUGCUGGCCAAGCUCCACCAGGCCCGAGAAGAGCUGCGGCCUGUGCGGGAAGACUUCGAGGCCAAGAACAAACAGCUCCUGGAUGAGAUGCCACGGUUCUACGGCAGCCGACUUGACUACUUCCAGCCCAGCUUUGAGUCCCUGAUCCGGGCACAGGUUGUGUACUACUCAGAAAUGCAGAAGAUCUUUGGAGACCUCACCCAGCAGCUUGACCAGCCAGGCCACUCAGAUGAGCAGCGAGAGCGGGAAAACGAGGCCAAACUAAGUGAGCUCCGAGCCCUCUCCAUCGUGGCUGAUGACUGAGUCCUAUAGCCUUUGCUCUUAGCAGGCAUGGAUCCGUGGACCUCCCAGUGGCCUGCCAGUUGGAGACAGGUGGCCACUAUUCUACCUUGCCAGUCCUCCAUUUCCUGGAGCCUGAAACUGGGAGCCUUGCAGGCUGCUGUUUCCCUCUGCCCAACACUAAUAAGCAAUGUAGAAAAACCCCAGGGGCCUUUUUACUUCCAGAACCGUCCAGAGUGUGCUAUAGUGUCUGGCCAGCAGGAGCUUCAGCCUUUAGAAGGGUCUGGGCUUCCUGUGAACUUGGGGGCCUUAGCUCUGACUACCUCCAGAGGACCCUGCUCUAGGGAACCCACUACCCUUUCCUUCGUGACUCUUCAGACUGUUGGGUAAGACAUAGUGCCAUGGGGAGCAGAACUCUGGUCAUUCUGCUGUGGUGGGCCCCUCAUGCCAACAUGGCCAGAGCUGGUCUCCUGCAGAGCCAGCUAAGGACAAGCCCCUAGUACACAGGCUUUGUCUCUAGCUCUCCGCUCUACCGAAUAUCACACGUUCUUUCACAGUCCUCAGAGCAAGGCUUAUGUCUCACCUGUGUUGCUGGAAUUUUAUUUUCAAGUAAAGUUUCCCAGUAAAAUGUUA